AUGGGAAAUUGUUUGGUGCUGCAACAAAUUAAUAUGAUGAAGAUCAUGAAAACAGAUAGGAAAGUUCUUGAAUACGCAACAGCAAUCAAAGUUGAAGAGGUUUUGCCACUUCCACCACCAGCAUCACCUAAAGGGGUCAAGAAGGUGAGGUUUGCAAAUCCAGAAGUUCAAGAUGUACAUAAAAGUAGUGUUGUUAGGAUUAAGGUUGUUGUUAGUAAGCAAAAACUGCAAGAUAUGUUAGAUAAUGGAGGGAUUUCAGUUGACAAGAUGUUAUCUCUUGCUCAUGGUGAAAAGGGAAUGGAUGGUGAAGAUUUGUGUAAAGAAAAUGAUGAUGAUGAUGAUGAUUCUCUAUGGGAGCGGAAACCAGUAUUGAAAAGCAUACCUGAAGUAAUCUAG